UGAGGGGGGGACGUCAGGGCCCAGCGGCAGGGCAGCGCCGGCACCGUGGGACCCGCACGGGGCAGCGGCGGAGCAGGUGCCAAGGUGUAGGGUGGGCAGGGGUUGUGGUGGAGCAUGGUGCACGGGUGCUGCGCUGGGUGAGAAGAAACGCGGUGAGCGGCAAUCUGAGCUCCCAGCCUAAAAAUAGUACCCAGCUUGCCCACGGCACCGCGACCUUCGGGGCUGUGGCCGGCCUGGGGGAGGCUGUGAACCAGACGGCACCUGGAGCGGGGGGCCGCCUCGCUGCCGGCACCCCCUGGUGUGCACCAGGAAGGAAACUGGGGCGUGGGACUGUGGCACUGGGGAGGUGAGGAAAGGAAAGCAAGCAGCAUGCACCGGGCACAGACACGUGGUGGCACCAGCGGGGCCAGUGGGGAGCCCGGGCGGGUGAUGGGGAGAGCCCCUCCGAGCCCCGGCAUCCCUCCGAAGCGUGCCAAGGUCACAGCGGAGCAGGGGACUGCUGAGGAGGGCCCCACUCGCCUGGCGGCACCGGCCUUUGUGCGGAAGCUGAAGAACGCGGCCAUCGGCACUGGCUGUGACAUCCGACUGCGGGUGGUGGUGGUGGGGAACCCCCGGCCCAACCUGCGCUGGUUCCACAAUGAGGAGCAGCUGGCCCCACACGGGGAGGAGUACGGCACGCUGUGGAUCCGGGACAGCACGAAGGAGGACGCCGGUGUAUACACGUGUGUCGCCGAGAAUGAGCGAGGAGAGGCCAUGACUAGCGCCGUGCUGGCCAUCAUCGACAUGGAAGACUCGGAGACCGGCGAGGAUGAGCCCAGUGACCCCCAGGUGACGCAGCGCAGUGAUCUGCAGGAUGAGACAGCCUUCAGCACCCCCACGGGUGGCUCCGACACCCUGGUGGACACCUCCAUGAACACAACGCCAACCUCAGUGCUGGCCCUGUCUCAGGCAGAGGAGCGCUCCAGCUGGUCGGGCAGCCAGCAGACUGUGGUGGAGAAGGAGCCAGAUGCCAGCCUCCCUGUGCGGGGACCCUACCUCCGCCCUAGUGCCUGGCAGCCACAGGGAACUCCAAGGCAAGCAAACGCGCCGUCACCAUGUGGCACUGAGGUCCGGCACCUGGGCGUGGAGCCGCUGGUGCGGGCAUCACGGGCUAAUCUGGUGGGCACAAGCUGGGGGUCGGAGGAUAGCCUUUCUAUGGCCAGCGACCCGUACGGCAGCGCCUUCAGCCUGUACCGAGGACGGGCGCUCUCGCUCCACGUCAGCAUCCCCCAGGGUGGGUACAGGCGAGAUGACCCCCACAGUGGUCCCAUCUCCCCAAAGCCCGGCGCUGAGCCUCCGCACUCGCCCGCUGCCCUGCCGCUCACCUCCAAGCCGCCCAUCAUCCGCUCGCCGUCUCCAAGAGCCGGCCUGUGCCCCCCCACGCCCUCCGGAGCCACCCCGCAGCCCUCUGCCCGCCUCCCUUCCUCCUCCUGCACGCCCGUGACCCCCCGCAGGAUGUCUUCAGUGCCGGCCGACUAUCAGGACACCGUCCCCGAGGAGUACGAGGAGAAGAUCAAGAAGCCCAAGUCGCAGUCACAGGGCAGCACGCAGGACUCCCGGCCCGCCACGCCCAUGAGCGACGCGUCGGGCCGCAUCUCGGUGCGGGCAUCACCCAAGCUGGUGCGCGCCGGCUCCAGGAUCUUUGAGCGGCUGCAGUACUUCGAGGAGCGCCGUGGGAGCUUGGAGCAGGCGGACAGUCCCUUCCCCGCACGGCCGUGGCUGCCCCUGCGCAAGACGCGCUCCUUCGACCAGCCAGGCUGGGAGCGGCGGGCGGGAACGCCAGGGGGCUGGCGGGAUGGGGAGGGCAGUGUGGCCAGCCGCCGCCAGGCCUUCCGCCAGAAAGCCGCCUCCUUCGACGAGCGGGGCAAGUUCGCCGGGCGCGUGCAGGACAUCGAACACAAGUUCUCGGAGGAGCUGAGCCGCAUCAAGAGGACCGUGUCCAAGCAGCAGCUGCGGCGCUCGCAGGAGCUGGGCAAGGCUGAGCCACUGCCGCCUGCCGAGCCUCCCGCCGCCCGCACUCCACGCGGCUCAGCCUUGCCACGCAAGGUGCCACCAGCCAAGGCCUCGGCUCCGGCCGAGGGCACGCACGUCAUCCAGCACCUGGCUCUCUCCAGCGUGGCGUUGGUGGGGCCCAACGGGGAGCUGGAGCCGGGGGGACAGCGGGCACGGAGAGGCCCGGCGCGGGGCGGCGCGGCGGAGGAGGUGAGGAAAGCUGUGCAACAAGAUGGUGGUGGGGAAGUGAAGAAGAAGGAGCAGUGGUUGUUGGCGCAGGCCACCCCGCGGGGCCGUGCUGCUGAAGGGACCCCGUGCCCGGAUGGAGGUCCCGUGGCUGCAACCAGGGCCCCUGGGGUGGCGAGUGAAGGGCUGGCUGCCAGGCUGGCCGUGCCCCAUGGGCUGUACCGGAGGCCGGAGGUGUCUGCUGAGGUGCGGUUCCUGCCCUGGGCAAAACCGGGCAUGGAGCAGGAGGCCCGGCUGGAGAGGAGCUGGGCAGGGCAGCACGGCACAGGGAAGGAGGUGGAGAGAAGACAGGCAAAAGUGGCAGAGAAGAAAGAGAGCGUCCGGAUGGCUCAGGAAGGCAGAGGCACGCGGAGCAAGGGGAAGGGGCGCCGGGCCCGGCCCACCUCUCCGGAGCUAGAGUCCUCCGAUGACUCCUACGUCUCAGCGGGCGAAGAUCCCUUGGAAGCGCCCGUCUUUGAGAUCCCCAUCCAGGACACAGCGGUGGCUGUGGGGACAGAGGUGCUGCUCAAGUGCAUUGUCACAGCCAACCCACAGCCAGAAGUGUCCUGGAGGAAGGACGGGGUGCCACUGAGGAGCAGCACGGCACGACCCAUCAAGACGGAGGGCGAGCGGCACACCUUGCUGGUCAGGAGCGCCCGGGUGGCCGACGCCGGUCUCUACACGGUGACGGCGGCCAACGAGGUGGGAGCCACCUGCUGCAGCGCCAUCCUCAGCAGCCGGCCUUCGGGAAGCCAGGAGAGGCAUCCCCAGUCCUGGGUCCAGCACUCCAAAGUGACUCCUUAG